AUGGAUAGUUCGACUUUAUACCAAAAGUUGUCAAGAUAUCUACCUUAUUCUAAAUGCAGAAAUGAAGGUUGCAAAUGUAGUACAUGGAAGCUCUCAGACAAUGCGAUAGAUGAAAAACUUGUUGAAGCUAUAUGUGAAAAUUGCUGUCAUGUUCAUUAUAGCUUGUCUGAUCCAAACGAGAGCACGUGGCUUAAUAGUGCAAUGCAAAUGGUCGACGAUGUGGAACGAAUGUAUAUUUUAUGUACUAAGGAAGAAGAUUAUGAAACAAGAAAUAUAUAUUUCUGUAUUUUAAAGCGCCUUCGCAAGGCGUUAAUGAAUAAAGUACAACCCGUUUUUGAUGACAAACCUCCCUUCGAGCGACCUGAUAUCAAUACAGCUGUACGAAACGCGUUAUUAUUCUGUGCUGUCACUGAUCCUCAAAAUCCAGAAAUAACAAUUGAACUGUGUAAAUUAUUCCUAGCAUAUGUGAAUUCAUAUAAGAUCACAUAUCCAAGUCAAAGGAUUCAGAAGUAUGAAAAUAAAACAGGAUACAAAUUAAUAUAUAUGAGGUGGAUAUGCCACUGUUAUGUACCAAAGUUCUGUAAUGCCUUACCAUAUACUGAGGCUACAUGUGCAUUUGGAAAGAAUUUCUUGUUAGCCGUUUUGCCUGAAAUUAAAAGAAGACUAAUCGAAUUUUUCAAACAAGAUUCUAUAAUCCCAUCCAUGCUAGAUGCAAAGAUACAUUUAAUACAACCUUUAACACGACUGUGUAAUUUGCUGGAAGAUAAUGUUGAGGACAAAACAACUUCCGUCUGGGAUCCGUAUUUCCAACCACCAUUGCGUCCCGACAAUGUAAUUACACCAAGCGGAUUAUUACAGUCGAUUUCUAUUGACCACGUGGUCGAUUUCUCUACACAUCAACGUAAUAUAAUCAUCAGUAGUUCAAGUGAACUGAAAAGUGAUUCAAUUGUUACACCAGCUCUCACUGAUCUUAAAGCAGAGAAACUGUUUAGUAAUCCAGAUUUGGUGAAUGGUGAUAAGGAUAUGGUAGUUAAUACACCUAUUAAGUCUGAACCUGAAGAGUCACUUACAAAACCUGCCAAAGUAACUGAUCAUACAACUCACCGAAGAACAAGCGUACGUCUUCGAAGUCAAUUAUCGAUUAAUACACAAUCCUCUGUGAGUGAUUCAGAAAAGUCGAACUGUAAAUCAGAAGACAAAACUGUGGUCACCGAUAGCAAUACUAAAAAGUCAUUGAAUGAUAAGUUAAAUAUUUCAGAUGUUAGUAGUACAGAAUUAGAACAAAUUCUACAAGAAAUGAAAAACAGUGAAAGCCCUUGUAAAGGAUUUUAUCCUUUUCAAACGCUUCAUUCGUUAAAUGCAACAAGAGAUGCCGCUGCACGUCAAGAAGAAUCAGCUGGGAAUAUUGAAUUUCAUAUAGUUAAUAAUAGUUUAAAUCCUAAUCAACCCCCACAAACAUAUAUUUGGCUUUUGGAGUUAUUAAAUGUAUUUGCUUUGCAAUUACCUCGUAUGCCGAAGGAAUACAUUGCACGACUUAUUUUUGACCCAAAACACAAAAAUCUCAUUUUGUUAAAAGUUUCGGAUUCAUGUGAAAAACAUGCUAUCGGCGGGAUCUGCUUUCGUAUGUUUCCAUCUCAGGGAUUUACGGAAAUAGUGUUUUGUGCAGUAAUUUUCAAUGAACAAGUAAAAGGUUAUGGAACACAAAUGAUGAAUCAUUUGAAAGAUUAUCAUUUACAGCAUAAAAUAUUUCAUUUUCUUACAUAUGCUGAUUCAUUUGCCACUGGUUAUUUUAGAAAGCAAGGAUUUUCACGUGAAAUACGCUUAGCUCGACAAGCUUAUUUAGGUUAUAUUAAAGAGUAUGAAGGUGCCACAUUAAUGGGUUGUGAAUUAUAUCCAAAUAUUAUUUAUACUAGAUUUUCUGAAUUAAUUGCAAAACAAAAACAGGUUAUUACCCGGUUGAUAGAAAAACGUCGUGAGUCUGUUAAUCAAACCUACCCAGGAAUACCUGCCAAACUAUUUCGUAAUGGACCUUUAAGACCAGAUCAAAUCCCCGGUCUAACUGAGAUCGAUCUAACUUCAAACAAAUUUUCUGAUUUAUUUCAUAAAAUUCCUAAGACAGAAUUAUCCGAAACCAAUCAAACUUCCAUAAAUAAUCAUGUUUCAGCAAAGCGAAAAUCGUCAGAAACGUUUGGUAAAUGUGUUGAGAAGUUACACGAGCCUCCGAGAAAACUACGCAAACGUUUACUCGAUCCUUUGCCAAGUCCCAGUCCGUUGACUACAAAGCCACAGAUGAAAGCAAGAAUCAGUUCAAGGUCAACGCGUUAUAAUAGCUCAUUAAAAAUAUCAGAUUCAUUGGAACCUGUUUGGAUACAAGAAGCUAAACAAUUAGCAGAAAAAAUUCGUCCUAUCCUAAACGCAUUACGUAGUCAUAUAUUGGCUGGUCCUUUCCAAAAACCUGUUACAGUAGAUGAAGCUCCAGAUUAUUAUGAUAUUAUUGUUUUUCCAAUAGGUAAACAAAAUUCAAUUUAUUCAUCUCAUCAUGUUUACUAAACUAGUAGCGAUAAGUAACAUAUGUUCCUA